CAGACCCAACAGUUGCAGGUAUUGGACCCAGUGGGUGAGGGGUCUUUGACCGUAAAGGGACCAGAAAGCAAUCAGACUGUCAGGAGGUGGACGCUCCAUAGCAUCUGUUCUAACAGUUUCUCCCCUGUAGAUCAUCUCUAAGUAGAGAAUAUGAAGGUAAUCAUCGCUGUUCUGCUCCUGAUGGUUCAUCUGGCCGCUGCUCAGGUCCAGAUUAAAUACUUUGGGACCGGAGGUUCUCUGGUUCUGAGGCCUACAGUCUCUGGUGCGAUAACCAGCAUCACCUGGAAGAAAAAUGGGAACCUAGAGGCGGAAUGGAUUAAAGGUUCUGUCGAUCUGGAAUAUCUGGGUGACCUGAAAGGUCGGUUAGACCUGAACCUGGAAACUGGGGUACUGACUGUGAAGAACAUGACGCCAGCAGACCAAGGACUGUUCAAUGUGGAGAUCAACAACAAGGUUCUUCCUGAUGUCUUUGAAGCUCAGUGGGUCCAGAACCUCGAUGAUCACCCUCAGUGGGUCCAGAACCUCGAUGAUCACCAUGUUGAAGUCACAGCGACCUGUGGUUUGAGGUGUGGUGAAGAAUUUAACGGUGCCGGACCCGUCCAGUACUUCUGGAAGAAAGGAGAAGCCGGACCGUGGGAGGCGGGAGAGAGGAUGAUCGCCGUUGAAAACACGGAGGAAACUCAACGCUUUAGAACCUUCACCUGCAAAGCAGUGAACCCAGUCAGCGAGAAGGAGAGCAAACCAGUGCAGAACCCAUUCGUCUGAGAAGAAACUGGGAACCUUCGCUCUCUAUCUUCAUCAAGAUUCAUUUCAUUAAUCCAUGUUUUAUUCAGCUUUGCUUAGAAAGCAUUUAAAUCAUUCAGGAAAGAAAUUGCACUGAAAAUGAGAGAUGAAUGCAUGAAGCUGGUUGUGUUCUGCAGAAAAGCUCCUGCAGCCCUUUACAUUUUCAUAACUUUGCUGAACAUAAAUAAAAAAACAGAAACUGCCGGA